AACCAUUUAGAUCUCAUCCACGUUUCAUUUCACUACAUGUAAUUGUAAACAAUGGUUUAUUUAAAACAUGAGUAAAAUUUAAAGUUACAGCAAUUAAUAACUUUUUUGUUUUUUGAUAUAGUGUAUUUUAUCUUAAUGAAUAAUAAUUUGGAUACAAUAUAUAACAUGUCAAGGAAUAUAUUUUCUCUGUGUUCGGUUAUAUUAUCAACAGUGAUCAUGACAGGGAAAGGAGUAGUGCUAGACUGUUAUAACACAACAGUUCCGGAGUACGACGGCCAUCAACAGACGACUGUUACUGGAAUACCGUGUUUACGAUGGGAUCAGUUUAGUUUUAACAACUUUCCAGAUGCUUCUAUCUCUGAUGCAGCUAAUUUCUGUCGUGCUAUAGGAUUUCACACACCAUGGUGUUAUACAACAAAGUCUACCUCUUGGGAGAAGUGUGGUAUCAAUAAAUGUGGUAACGAUGGUUUGAAUAAGUGUGGCCAAUUGAGUAUUGAGAAACCCACAAUACUUGGAAGGAAUGUGACAUUUUCCUUUACCCCCGACACGUAUGAUCCAAAUGCAAUUUUAGAAUGGCAGCGCAGCAUAAAUGGAAUAGAUCAAUGGAAAACGCUCCCUUUAAACUACAAGUUUACACAAUAUGAGAGAGAUAUGACCUACUUCUUGAUAUUAACAGACAGUGUCAGAAACAAUGACGAGAGAUUUUACCGUAUCCAUUAUUAUAAUGAGACAAUUCAUUGCUGGAUGGACGCUGGAAAAAUUAUGCUUAAAGCUAUAGGCAAUUCGUGUGGACUCGUCUACCUCAGAUCUGAAAAGGUGGUUGAGAAUGGAACGGUGCAUAUUGAAUAUUAUCCGUCGAAUUAUAUGAUUCAAAAUAGCGGUAGUUUCGAACGGAAAUGGAUACAUUCAUUUGGAGAGACGAGACAAGAAUUGACAUUCGGUGAUGGUAGCUACGAAGAGACAUGGGAGCAAAAUGAUAAAUAUGUGUUGACAAUAUUCCGGUUUAGUGUUUCUAUGAAUGGACAAUAUUGGGUUUAUUGUCGUUUAUCUUCACUAAACUUGUACACAAAUGCUAUAACCGUAAACAUUCCAGGUUCGUGUGUGUUUCUAAACCGAAAUAUAUUUUAUGAUCAUUUGAAACUUCAGCAGUGAUAUAUUAUUUAUCAAAAACAAAUAAUGAAAGAGAGUAAAAAAUAAAAAGCCAUAUUGAUAUACACUUAAAAGGCACUUCUAACGCAACAUAUAAAGAUAGUUUAAGAUGUCAUUAAGUACUCUGCACGUGAAUGCAACGCAGUCUUCCAUCCAUGACGGGCGGCCAGUUCCACUCGUUGAUCGAUUCAAAGUAAUAUGAGCGAAACAUAUGACUUUUGAUCAUUUAUAAUAAUUAUACGAUUGCCAACAAGCUGACACCAAUGACACUUUAAAUUUUACAUGAAUUUUGACAGAAUUGUUGUCCGUUUUCAACUUUGGAUUUUUUGUAUGCAACAUUUAAUAUGCAACAUUUCUUUAAGGUACUCACAUGUAAGUUUGUACAAGUCUAAGAGAUGGCUAAUUGGAGAUUACUUUUCAGGGCACAAUUCUCUAGUAUGAAUUUCGACGGAAUUCUUUCUGAACUUAAGCGUUAUUGGUUAAAGUUUUGCAUGUAACAUCAGUCUUUAACUCUACUGACGGUAUUCACCUAAAACUUGAUACACAAAAUGCUAAUCUCUUUAGAAUAAUACUUGGAAGUCAUACCCCAAGGCUCAUAACUCUUGACAUGGUUUUUUACUGAAUUAUAGCCCUUUUUGAGGGUCAAAGUUUUGCAUGCAAUAUUACUCUUGAAACAUAAAUAGUGUCUCACUAAUCAUAAUUCAAGGUCAUUAUACAAGGUUCAUAACUCUGAUAAGGUUGUUUUAUUUUAAAUUAAUAUUCCUCUAACUGACAGCUCUUG